GGGCAGCUUGGCUUGGCUGGAACUAAGAAGGACCCAGACACACCAUUGUGUGGAGAUGGGUGACACCUUCCUUUUCUAGAAGCUACUACAUAAGCUUGUGACUCUUAUGAACAACUGGAACACAUACACAGGAGUCCAAGCCACCUUGCUGGGACACUUCUCUUCGGGAUCACUGGGUGCCCAAGUGAAGGCCUUUCCCAGUGGCUAGCGAGAGCAGCUCUUGCAGGUGGCUGGGGCCAUUGGAGAAGGGUCAACACCACCACGUGGCUGCUAGCGUCUGGGAGAGAGCCACAGCAGCCCCUGGAUAGCAGAGCCACAGGGAGUGGCGCUGGCAUUACCGAGAUACCCAGCCAGACAUCUUGGCUCAGGUCUAGAGACAGAACUGGCAGUGCUGUGUUCUUACCACUACACAAGUAAGGGUUCUUGGUCCCCAAGACUUGGGGACUGCUGGGGGAGUGGCCUAGGACCCAUUCACGGGGGAAGUAGAAGUUCAGGAGCUCACCCAGAAUAUUCUUAGUCCUACUGCAGUGCGUAUCUGCACCACAAAGGAGUUGGUAGCCGUAGAGUUAGAGCAAGUGAAUACCGGCACCAUGGCACUGGCCCUUUUGGAGGACUGGUGCAGGAUCAUGAGCGUGGAUGAACAGAAGUCACUGAUGGUUAUGGGGAUACCAGUGGACUGUAAUGAGGCUGAGAUUCAGGAGGUCCUCCAGGAGACUUUGAAGUCUCUGGGCAGGUAUAGACUGCUUGGCAAAAUAUUCAGGAAGCAAGAGAAUGCCAAUGCGGUCUUACUAGAGCUUAUGGAAGAUACUGACGUCUCGGUGAUCCCCAAUGAGGUUCAGGGAAAGGGGGGGAUCUGGAAAGUAGUCUUCAAGACCCCUAACCAGGACACGGAAUUUCUUGAACGACUGAACCUAUUUCUGGAAAAAGAGGGGCAGACAGUCUCGGGGAUGUUCCGAGCCCUCGGGCAUGAGGGAGUGUCCCCAGCCACCGCGCCCUGCGUAUCGCCAGAGUUAUUGGCGCAUUGGUUGGGACAGGCAAUGGCACAUGCCCCGCAGCCUCUGCUGCCCAUGAGAUACCGGAAACUGAGAGUGUUCUCAGGGAGUGCCGUGCCUGCUCCCGAGGAAGAGCCCUUUGAAAUCUGGUUGGAACAAGCCACUGAGAUCGUCAAAGAGUGGCCGGUAGCGGAGGCAGAAAAGAAAAGGUGGUUGAUGGAAAGCCUGCGCGGCCCUGCCCUGGACCUCAUGCACAUAGUGCAGGCAGACAACGCGGCCAUCAGCGUGGAAGAGUGUUUGGAGGCGUUUAAGCAAGUGUUCGGAAGCCUGGAGAGCCGCAGGACCUCCCAGGUGAAGUACCUGAAGACCUAUCAGGAGGAGGGGGAGAAGGUCUCAGCCUACGUGUUGCGGCUAGAAACCCUGCUCCGGCGAGCGGUGGAGAAAAGAGCCAUCCCCAGGAAUAUCGCAGACCAGGUACGCCUGGAGCAGGUGAUGGCGGGAGCCAACCUCAGUGAGGUCCUUUGGUGCAGGCUGAGGGAGCUGAAGGAUCAGGGCCCGCCUCCCAGCUUUCUUGAGCUAAUGAAGGUAAUCCGGGAGGAAGAGGAGGAAGAGGCCUCUUUUGAAAACGAGAAUACUGAAGAGCCCAAUGAAGGGGAUGGCUAUGGCCGCUGGGAUCACGAGGCAGAGGACUAAAACUCAGCUCAGCACAGGAUGCACGGCCAGCGCGCCUAGGGACAUUCGCUUUAUCCGGCUGACACCAGGCUGAGUCGCUCUUUUUGUCGUUGAAUGUAUGCAACUGAAAUCGAGGCUUGGAGCCAGGUCUUAAUGCUUGCCUCUCAGAAAAAAAUUAUCCGAGGGUUUCUUGGACCCUGCAUGGAUGAUGAGAAGAAACACCAGAUUCAAUUCCAAAUAUGAGCUAGGAAGCCGAAGGACUCUGAGGCACUUGAGGUCUCCCAAACAGACCAAAGUUUACCCCUACCGUAGAAAAAAAGAAAUGACGUGAGGAAGAAAAUAUCUUUUGUAAUUUAUUUAAAAAUAGAAGCUCUUGGACUUGUCAGGUGAUUUCCCUUCUCAAAUCAACACCUUCUCUCUGAGUGCCUAGCAGUGUGAGGCGCUGGUCAAGGAGGUCAGGAUCCUAAAUAUAAGAGAAUGGGUGGUGCUCUCAGGGAGCUUACCACCUCCUUGAGGAUGUGGCCUCGGUGGCGGCAUGGGAGAAGCUAAAUAACCAUGUGUAAAUAAGUCACCACACCAGUAGACGCACCAUUGCCAAAUGAAUACAACCACCUCCCCUAUGUUGUUUCUUUUCUUUACUUGGGAUGCACUCCUCCACUUCUCCACUAGAUGGCAGAUGGACAGUUUCAGGCACUGUGUUAGGCCCCCAAGGCACAGAUGACUCAGCCUAAUCUCUGCUUGCAUGAGAUCUACAGUGUGCCAGACACCUUUGAGAAAGAGUGGACAUUAUGAGAAAACAUGCUAGAGGGGGAGGAUUGGAUUUAGUGAGCUGACCGUUCUGGUAAGAGAAGAUUUUUAUUGGCAACAAAGGGGAUGGAGGAGAGGAAAGGAGCUCAUAUUUAUUGAGGGUCUGUUAUGUCCCAGGUGUUUCACAUGUAUCUAUUGUAUUUAUUGUACACAGCAAUCCCAGUAUGCUACCAUUUGGCCUUUUUUGAAAGAGAAGACGAAGCUCAGAUGAGUUAAGUGGUCCCUCAGUUUCGAAAUAAUAACAAGUGGUUAUUAAGAGCUGAGAUAGAAGUCUGGAACUUUCUGUCUCUUGGUAAUCCUCUGGCCACUACCAUUGUGAUUUUCAGUUGUGCUCCAUAGUUCUGCAGAGAUUUUUCAGGAGUUCCAUCUUUAAAAUGUAUUUUGAAGUCUUCACAUCUCUACUGAAAAACAGGUAGAUUCAAACUGUGUUGAUAUACAAAUGUCUUCACACUGGCAUUCACCCACAGUUCCCUGAUGUUUCCAGAGGGACCUUGUGCAGACCUUGGAAGUAACAUUCUGUUGUGAUAUCUGAGCGCAUAUCUGGACUUCUCUCAAUUGUUCAAAGAUUAAAGAAGUUAUGGCACCUCACAGGUGUUUAAAUCAUAUUCAUGCAUGCCCUGUGAUGUAAUGUGUGCUUGGAGAGCACAAAUGAGCACCAUUCAGUUAAAUGCUAGUUGAUAGAUAGCAUCGUGGUAGCUUUUUUAAUACAAAAAUCAGUUUCCUUAUCAAGAAAAUGGGAACAUAAAAGAAUAGGGUUGUUGUUAGGCUCCAAUGAUGUAAUGCCUUUGAAUCACUUAGAAUUAUGUCUGGAACAUAGAAGGCCUUCAAUAAGGCUUAAGACUCCUGAUUUUCAUGAUAUUUAUUGUAUGUUUAACGCAUGCUGUCUUUAUUGUUCUAACAGUGCUGCGGUAACAAGUACAUAUGUAAUCUGUCAAUCAAGUUGUGACCACAUUGCAUUGGGAACCAUUUUAACUCCCCUGGUACAUUUGAGUGCUUGUUGUCUGUUAUCUUUGUGAUAAGUAUGUCAGAAGCUGUUGAUUGUUGUUAGUGAUUUGACUUGGAAACAAUUAAUUAUAUUUUCUGAUGGUGGAUAAUUUUAAUGGAAGAAUAUCCUGAGAUUCUAAGAGAAGCAUUUUUUUAAAAGGUAUCAUUUGUGAUCACUUCUAAGUUACAAUUUUUCAAUACUGUUCAACCAAAUACACCCUGAUUUCAGGUUUUUUGUAUUCAUGAAAAUGGCCUCAUUGUUUUCAGUUAUUGACAGUAUACAAAGUAAAAUGUUGUAAACAUGAAUUUAUAAAAUAAAUAUAUGCUAA